GGGGUGCGCGCACGCGCCGCUGUUCCGCGUUCCGCUCCGCGCCGCGUUCACGCUCUCACCACUCCGGACUCCGGGGCGGCCGCGUAACCGCCGCCAUAGUUAAUAUUUCAACGAACGGAAUAUUAAUAGCUGCAUGUACGCGCGACUGCAACAUUUUCCACGCGACUGAGUCGUCCCGUCGGUCGCGGAACCCGAGAACGAAGCGAGAGAGAGAGAGAGAGAGAGAGAGAAAACCGUCGACGGAGCCAGCUGGCUGGUCGAGAGCGCUCGGGACAACAAGAGGCGAGAACGGGAGAGCGGCGUCACCGACCCAAGCGUCACGCGCGGGGAGACGGUGGGCAACUCAGUCGGACUUUACGGAAGAGCGGCGGCGGCGCUCGGGGGCACGAAAAGUCAACGCAUGCCCGUCCGGUGUGGUGUGGUGGUUCGGGACGGCCAUGUACCGUUAGCUCGAAUUCGUUCCCAUUGGCCGGCUCGAACGAGAUCCACGCUUGCCUACCUACCGACCGAGGAGGACCGAGCCAUAUUCGAUCGUAGUUGGCUGUCGUAAACCCGGAAACGAGGUGUACGUCUCCGUUGCACGAGCGAGAGCUCGAUUCGCGCGCGCACGAGUAAGAGAGAGAGAGAGAAAUAGAGAGCAAGGGAGACGGAGGGAACGAGAGAGAGACAGGGACAGACAGAUAAAGAAAGAGCGGUAGUGUUGCGAGCGCGAAUUUAUCGCGGAGUCACUCUCGAGCUCUCCUCGGGCUUCCGUUAGAGAGGACGCGCGCGCGCGUUCCACCGUCGUUUACAUACGUUUUUAUACGUGUACAUAUGACGUGUGCACCGACAGCGACAGUCGUGGCGGCAGAGUGUCGGUCAGCGGCGUAGUGCACGUAGAAAUGAGAAAGUCGUCGUCGCCGUCGCAGCGCCGAGGAUCGGGAACGAUGACGCAGGCCAGCCAGCCAGACGGACGAGUCCCGUACUAAGCGGUGGCACCGGAGAGAAACGCAGACAGGCGAGGGAAACCAGUGGCGGUUGGUACGUCGAGUCGACCGGCAGUGACGGAGGAUUGUCGGUGCUCGCUCGUUCGUUCGCUCGCUCGCUCACCCGUAUAACCUAAGCUGCACUUACGAAUAUAAUCACUAAAGAAAAUGAAUUUCGGUCCGUUUUCCGGAUUCACAGCUGGCUCGUUGCCAGCGGGCACUGUCCAUCAAUUUGCCACAGCCAAAUUCGCACAGAACCUCACCACCGGUGGACAGGUCGUGGGCGUUUUGUCAGGUGGUGAAGGUGGAGUUCACUAUCUGAGGCCAGUUGAUCCCAAUGGCUUUGCCGUGGCACAGGGUGGUAAUAAUCAGCAACAGCAGAUUAUUACCUUACCUAUCACUGUACCGGGAAAGGAUGGCACGCAGCAGCAGCAGACUGUCCAGAUACAAGUCGUCAAUCCCAGCGUGUCUCAGAGUGGAAACAGCGGCGACCAGCCAAAGUAUCAUUUAGCCCCGAUAUCAUUGGGUCAGUUCCCGCAGGGCGCAGCUACUGUUCUCACCGUCGCUUACAGUCAGCAGGGUGCAGAUGGAGUACAAAUCCAAGUUCAACCGCAAAACACUGUGGCGACCACGCAAACAUCGGAUCAGACGACACAGAGCACGUCCACCGCUGUGACUACUACGUCUCAGCAGACUAUUCAGCAAACGGUGCAGUUGCCGGGAGCGCCCGAAGGUCUGACCGUUGUUGCUCAGAUUCCGCAAGACUUAAUCCUGCGAGAGAGCAUAGAGGAGUCGAAGGAGGACGUGAAGGAGGGUACGACGCCGGUAGCUCUUAUUAAGCGCGGCAGUGUUAAGAGUCAAGGUAAUCAGAGCGGAGAAGAGUUCAUUACUUCGAUGCCUGCUGGUUGGCAGAGCCUCGCUGCUCCGGGAUCCACUGUCGCGGAUUACCUCUCCAGAUUGCCCGGUGCUUUGCCACUUGGAGCUCUGCAACACUUUCUCAAGCUCUCGGCAGAGUCGAUAAAGAGAGAAAAUACCGUUGAGUCCAGUCCGCUCGGUGCGGAUGGUCUGGAUGCAUCCGGCAGCGCAGCUUCGGGAGAGCAAGCGGUACAGAUUACGGUCGCUGGCGGAGAAACUGCGAUCAUACCGGAUGUCGUCGAGGAGCAGGAACCGGGCGCAAAACCGAAGCGAAAAAAGAAGUACAAAAAGAAACCACCGAAACCGAAAAAGCCGAAACCGGGCCAAGUGAGCAUAGUUACGGCUCUCGAUGGCACGACUCUGUUCUGCUGUCCUCAGUGUAACAUGGCUUAUCCCGAGAAGGAGAGUCUGGAGCAGCAUCUGAUCGGGCACAAAAUAGAGAGGAGGUUCAUAUGCGAUAUAUGCGGCGCUGGUCUUAAACGGAAGGAGCACUUGGAGCGGCACAAGUUGGGCCACAAUCCCGACAGACCGUUCAUCUGUUCCGUUUGCAUGAAGGGCUUCAAGCGAAAAGAGCAUCUGAAUCUUCAUUUUGUCAUACAUUCUGGACAGAAAACCGAGGUAUGCACCGAGUGCGGCAAGGCGUUCUACCGAAAGGACCAUCUCAGAAAACACGCGAGAUCUCACCUCGCCAAGCGUGCCAAGGAGGAUCCGUUGAACACGAGCGACACGUCGCAGAAUCAGCAGCAGGCGGACCAGCAGCAGCAGCAAGUGGAGCAGAUACAACAGCAGACCUCGGUGCCCGAGUUGCAGCAAAUUCAGAUACAAGUGGGGCAAGGGUCUCAAGCGCAGAUUCAUCAGAUCUCCGUGAGCGAGCAGUCCACCGUGGUCCUGCCUACGGCCGCUGAAACCGGAGCUAUGACCAUGCUUCAUCAUCAGCAGCAGCAGCAGCAGUCGCAGCAACAGCAACAGCAUUAGCAACAGCAUACCGCCCCGAAUCAAGUCGGGCGGUACUUUCGUUUCAAUCAUCAGCAUGCUAGAGGUCGUACGAGACACAGUGUUCUCGCUGAUUAAGUUAAUCGCGCGAUAUUCGCAAUAGACGAAAUCAUGUUAUGUCGAAAGGGAGUUUCAUUGCCUGAAUGUCUUAUUAUAUCCCCAUUUUUUAAGUGUCUCUGGUUUCUUUUUUCGAAUGAAAAAUCUUUGUUCAUAGUAGAAGACGAUUUGGCCGGGAUUGAUUUGCAACUCACGCGGCCAUCAGCUUGUACUUUCAGUAGUGGCGCACGACCAGUUCGCAUAUUCUUACGAUAAAUAAUUAUUUGCGAAGCGCACUGAGCUGAAUCGACGAACAAAGUUCGUACACACACACAUACACACACACGGAGUUUCUCUUUUACGUACACGUUGUAGCGUACGUGGGAAGAAGCGACUAGUAUCCAUUCGCCCCGGUCAAAACGUUCUCGUCGCUGAUCCAGUUCCAUGACGCAAGCUAGGGAAAUGUGAAGAAGUUUAUAUAAAUAUAAAUAGAUGAAUAUAAAUAAAUAUAAAUACAAAAAAUAUAUUUUUGAAAGCGCGAACUGGAUUCGCCGGAGGUGAGAAGGCAAUCGAGUUUUCAGCUGAAAAUAAUUCGCUUUUACUAUGGUAAAAUACGUAAUACGGAAGAAUUGACGAAAAAAUAAACGAUAUGAGACAGAAGUUGUAAAUACAGCGUGGCUUUUCAUCUCUGACAUGGAAAGGAGAUUGUGUCGUAUGAAUACUAGCACAAGGUGAAUCUUAUUUAUUUCUCUUGUACAACAAGAUCGUAUAAUAUUAUGAGAGAGAGAGAGAGAGAGGUUGCCGGUGAAUCAUCAAGUCCAUUUUGUAUUUUGUAACGGCAUAUACAUAUAUAUGUAUAUGUGUAUAUAUCUAUAUGUAUAUGUUAAUAAUGUAUGUAUCGACAGUUAUAUCUUUUCUUCUAUAAUUUAAAAUUUAAAUCAUCGUAAGUGUGCUUUUACAGAUACGAAACCGUGAAAUCUUGGGAUUUGAAACUAAUGAGAUCAGAUGAUGAUACCAUCGCAGGAUAUCCGAGGAAGUAUCGCAUUUAGUUUUCUCAGAUACACGCACACAAGUAAAAACCGGGGUAAAUUGAGUUACAUAUAUAAUAAGGUGUGUGUAUGUGUGUGUGUGUGUAUGUAUGUACAUACACACAUAUAUAUAUACAUACACGCACGCACGCACAUAUAUAUAUACAAAAUGCAUUUACGCGUAUUCACGCGGCCCUAAGAUCAUGACUAUUUUUACGAUACAUAAUCAUUUGUUGAUGCGAUAAAAAAACAUUGUCUCUUUGCUUGAUUGGCUUGAUCUUUGCAAAAGUAAUUGGUCCCGCAAAGGGAUGAUAAAAAUUAUUGGCAAAUUAUUACAAUGCUGAAGCAAUUAUUAGAUAUAACAUGAAGGUUUUGCGAUAUUCUCCUCAAUUUAUAUGGAACUCUUAAUGCGGUAUAUCAAGGGUGCUAAAUCCACAAUAAUACAGAAAUUAGUUAUGAUUCACCUGAAAAGCUUUUCGAUAAAGGUGUAUGUAUACAGAAAAAAAAAGAAAAAAAAAGGAAAAGAACUUACUGUAAGUAACACAAUUAAAGGCAAUGGGUAUAUCUGUACAAGAAAUAUUAUUAUUUUAUUAUCAUAAUAUUAUAUAUAGAUAUAUCACACCGUAGUUAGGAUAAAAUAGUGCAUAAGUCAUUUUCAUUGUUACUUACAUAAAUAUUGGAGGAAAAAAAUUAAAAUAAAACAUAUACAUUUAAUAUAAAA